GGGGCGCGGCCUUGGGUUAUAGGACACGCAGGGCGCUCGUGGAGAUUAGUCCGCUCGCAGGGGGACCCUCGGGACCCUCAGGAUUGCGCAGGACCCCACGGGACCCGGAACCUUCCGACUCGGCUAUGGCUGCCGCUCCGGGCGCCCGACUCCUGCGCGCCGCCUGCGCCUCCGUCGCUUUCCGUGGCCUGGAUCGCCGUCGGCUGCUGUUCUGCGGGCCCCGCGCGGGAACCGCGGUCCCUCCGUGGCCCGCGAGCCCCGGCGUGCAUGCUGAGGCAGGACCUGGCCGGCCGCUGAGCGUGUCUGCACGAGUGUGGAACAGCUCAGAAGAUAAGAUCACAGUCCACUUCAAGAACCGUGAUGGUGAAACGCUGACAACCAAGGGAAAAGUCGGUGACUCGCUGCUAGAUGUUGUGGUUGAAAAUAAUCUAGAUAUUGAUGGUUUUGGUGCAUGUGAGGGAACCUUGGCCUGCUCCACCUGCCACCUUAUCUUUGAGGAUCAUAUAUAUGAGAAGUUAGAUGCCAUUACUGAUGAGGAGAAUGACAUGCUUGACCUGGCUUAUGGACUAACAAACAGGUCACGGCUGGGUUGCCAAGUCUGUCUGACCAAGGCUAUGGACAAUAUGACUGUUCGUGUGCCUGAAGCAGUGGCGGAUGUCAGACAGUCUGUUGACAUGAGCAAGAAUUCCUAAGCUACAAUAAAAAGAAAUAUUUUCAUGAAAUUUUUACUUAUUUUUAUAAUUAUUUCUUAGUAGAAAUAAGUGAUUAUAUGGCAGGAUAUAUUUCUCAGUGUGAGUAGAUGUGCUGUCUUAAUU